AGCUGUUAUCUUGAUUACAUAUUCGUCAAAUUGUAAAACAACGCAAUCGAAAACAAAUUUUUCUCUUAUAGAAUACAAUUGAAGAAUAUAUUUAUUUGUUUUUAUUCUUAAAAGUUAAUCAAUCAGUAAACAUGACGGCAAUUGCUGGAGGCCAUGGUGAGCCAAAUCCUAACGCUACUUGGUUGAGUGCGCGUGGGAUGUGGUUAGCGUAUGGCUUGGGUGUGUUGGCAGUGCAUUUGAUUCUGUUAUCAGUUCCAUUUAUAAGCAUUCCAAUUGCGUGGACUCUCACAAACUUGCUACAUAACGCCGCUCAUUUGUAUUUUUUGCACAUAAUCAAGGGUGCACCCUGGUUAAGUAUUGAAAAUGACUGCGCACGUCGUUUAACGCAUUGGGAGCAAAUCGACAAUGGUGAACAAUUUACAACAACGCGAAAGUUCCUCACGGCUGUUCCAAUUUUAUUAUUCCUGCUCACCUGCAUCUAUACAAGGAAUGAUCCCGAUCAUUUUAUUGCCAACUUUAUUUCGCUUGUGCUGGUUACCUUGCCAAAAUUACCGCAGUUCCACGGUGUACGUCUCUUCAACAUAAACAAAUACUAAUAUGUCAAUAACAGGUUAGAUUUCUGAGUUCGAGAUAAUGAGUAAUAUUAUUUGUAUGAAAUUUAUAGACUGAUUGAAUAUGAUUGGUAGAUUGAUUUAAAAUUAGUAAUUAAAAGAUAUCUUAUAUGCAUUUGUUUUAAAAAUAUACAUUCUACGAACUGCACAAAUCUUACGACGGCAAGUGAACUGCGAGAAAUGGAUUGGUACUAUAAAAAUAUAUACAUACAUGAAGUUGAUAUAAAAAUAUAUAUAUGUACAUAUAUUAAAAAUCUGCUAAUAGCACAAAUUGUAUAAUUUACAUGCAAAUAUAGGUAAAAAUAAAAAUUUUUAGAGCGAAACAGCGGUAAAGGUAUAA